AUGGUCUUCAAGUCUUCGCUUGACAUAUUGAGUCGAGGUGAAUACUUCUGCGCCAGCACAAAGGGCUGCCACAGCAUUGUCUCCUGCCCCAAGACCCGUGCGUGUCAGCUGAAAUCUGCAGUUUUGGAUGGCACGGAGAAAUGGAAGCACGACCCAUAUUGCCAGACGUGGUAUGUGAACAUGGCAAGCGCUACGGUUGGUAAAUGGGGAGGAAGACCUGUGGAGUACAAGCAGUGUGACAAGGGCACAGUUCCCAAGGGUGCUGAGUGUGUCAAAGCUGACGGCCCUGCGAGCAUGACCUUCUAUCAAUACAGCGCGCAGAAGAAGUACGACCCUGACCGCGUUUGGGAGAAUGUGGACAUGGCAAGUCUCGGUGGAGUACUGUUUUAUCUUCACAAUGAAGUGGUGGACAGCAAGGGUGAGCAGCUGUCCAAAGAUGGAAAGAGAUCGACAAAGUUCGACAUUGAUCGUAUUGUGCGUUUCAAAGUGACUGUGCACAACACAGAGGCUCUUUGGAAACAAUUCCGUUCACAGUUUGGACAAUUCAUUCAGUUCGACUAUGGGCAAGCCACUUUUGGUAUGCCUGACCAUGUGAAGAAAUGCAAUGAUAUUUGGACAAAGUUUGGUUUUGAAGUUGGAUGCCAAGUAGUUCCAACGGGAGUCUCUGGAUAUGAAGGCGGGUUUUGGAGCUCCUUCCCGGGACGCUGCCCCUCCAUGCCCUUCACAGAGAUUUGGCACGACGAUUCUCCCCAGGGUGGUCAGAAGAAGACAAGCACUUGCAUGAGAGAUUGGGCAGGAGGCUCUUGCCCAGAGCCUGACGGGACACCUGAUUGCACUUGGCACAUCGAGCCUGCUGGAUAUGCAGCUUGGUCACAUUGUCAUAGAAAAAGGUGGAGUCAGAUUGAUGACAUUGCAGAAGGAGAGCGAUGA